UAUGUUGACGUUUUAUUUUGUUUCAUUUUAGUUAGUUUAAUUUAUUUUCUCUAUUCCACCAAAAAUACUGACGUCAAAUUUACUUGUUUACGACAUAUUUCCGACAUUGACAAGUAAACAGAGUUUUUGUUUUGAUUAUUGUCAUACAAAUAAAUAAAAUAAAAUAAAUAAAUUUUCAUUACGCAGAAACAACUAAAUAAUAACAAACAAUAUUCCGUUGACUCUGCGAAAACAGAAGAAGACGCAAAACAGAAAAGAGUACCAAAACUUCAGUGUGAAAUAAAUUUAAAAAUGGCAUUGUUACAAUUGCCGCUGAAUAAUGAACACGCGAUUGAGUUAAAUACACCAAACCGCAACGAAAUACUCAAGGACGGACUACCGAAGCACACCAAAUAUAAAAUUUUGGGUAAAGGCGCAUUUGGCACCGUCUUUAAGGCAAUUUUUAGAGGUCAACCGGUGGCUGUAAAGAUCGUACGAAAUGUCGGCAAGGCGAAUGUCCAAUCUAUGACUAGUGAGACACAAAUUUUGGGUUGGAAUCAUCGCAAUAUAAUACGAAUUCUUAAAGUGGAAACCACGCCAAAUUUCGGCAUUGUUAUUAUGGAGAGAUUUGUGAGCCAGAACUUACAAGAGAUAAUUGAUGCGAAAAAAUUGCCACUGGAGCAUAGAAUUUUCAUUUCACUGGAUAUUCUAUCGGCGCUUUCCCACUGCCACAAGCGGAAUCUACUACAUCUUGAUGUAAAACCGCAAAAUGUUCUGAUAGCUUUCGCUGGCAUUCAGCCAAAAUUACAAAACGAAAAUCUAACAACUCUCUACCAUCGCCGGCAAUAUGUUUGCAAGCUCUGUGAUUUCGGUGCCUCAAUGAAGAUUGACGCGCCAGAGACAACAUCAAAAGGCAAUGCGAGAGGCACCAUUCGUUACAUGGCACCAGAAGCAUUGCGUGAAGAGCCACUUACCGCCGCCACCGACAUAUACUCUCUAGGCAUUAUAAUGUGGCAAAUGCGACAGCGUCGUUUACCCUAUCAUUGGAUUGCCUGUAAUGAAGUAGUCGCUUAUCAAGUGGUUAAGAAUAAGCUACGUCCCGAUAGCGCCGCGGCUGCCAGGAAUUUGAAAAACACCCCCCACGGUUGCACGAGUGCGUUGCAUGCGACCAUGCAACGGCAUCAUACAUGCCAUUGCACCAACUCCACAGCAGAGGAGAUCACCUAUCACUCAUUGAUACAUCUUACAAAUGUGCUCAAUCGCGCCAAACAACCCGAAGAGCAAUUGCGUUUCUCCGAUUGUGCAGUGGAGGAAUCGAAACCGUUGUCGGAGCGUCGCCCUUUCGCCUCAUUGAGUGCGAAAAUGAAUGUUACGCGUAAUUUAAGCGCGGAAUUGAGUAGUAGCAAGUCACCGGCUGCUCCGCGUUCACCAUUGACGCCUAAAAAUGCAAUAACAUUUCAACAGCAAACGCAACAAAAACGUUCGAAAUGUGAUGUCGCAGAUGUUUUGGUGUUGUUUGAGGAUAUUUUGCGACUGCACGAUCGAGACAAGGAGAACAAGUAUGAAGCUCUUUUUAGAGCUUGUUGGUCGGAUGGGCCACUUUCGCGGCCGUGCACAGCGAAGUUACGUAAAAGCUUAACCGAAUUAUUGUGAUACUUGCUUGUUGCAAGAAUUUUGUUUUUAUUUAUUUAAUGCUAUGUGUGGGUAUAUGAUGUUAGUAAGUGACAUCUUUUUAUUAUUUUAACAUUUAUUUAAUUUUGCUAUAAUUUUAGUUUU